AUGUCAGCUUAUAACCCUUUGCUGCGACUGCUGAGGGCCAGGAGCGCAGUAACGCUAAGGCUGUGUAGGAAGGUCACCACCUGGUCACCCGUUGGAGCUGCUUUCAACGCGCAGGCGGUCAGGAGAUCCGACUUGUUCAGGAAAAAUGUGGGGUUGUUUGGUGUUCCUGAGCUGAGCUCCACAGAGGGGUUUGAUGUGAUCCAGGAGAGAGCCCUGCUGGAGACUGAUCAGCUAGUGGAGAAGGCCUGCAGCAGUUCGCCCGGUGCUGUGACCGUGGAGACGUUCGACAAACUCUCUGACAGUUUAUGCAGAGUAGCAGAUUUGGCUGACUUUAUCAAAGUGGCACACCCAGAUCCACUGUAUCGAGAAGCUGCAGAAAAGACUUGCAUUAAUAUUGGCACCACAGUGGAGAAGCUUAACACAAAUGUGGAGUUGUGUAAGAGUUUAAAGAACCUGUUGGACAAUGAAGAGAUAAUGGCUAAGCUGGAUCCUGAAACACGGAGAGUGGCUGAGCUGUUCAUGUUUGAUUUCGAGAUAAGUGGGAUCCAUCUGGAUGAAAAACAGAGGAAGGAGGUGGUCAACUUGAAUGUUCGACUCUUGGAUCUCAGUAAUAAGUUUCUAAUGGGCUGCCAUAUGCCAAACAGGAUAGAUAAAAGAGCUCUUCCUCAUCACAUUCACCAGCAUUUCAUCAAUGAAGGGAACUAUGUUCAGAUUGGAGGAUUGCAUGCCGAUGCACCAGAUGAUCUGGUUCGGGAAGUUGCCUACAGGAUUUUCCUGUACUCAAAUGGAGAAAUGAUGCACACUCUAGAAGAACUGUUAUCAUGUAGAAAUAAACUGGCUAGGCUGGUUGGAUAUCAGUCGUACUCACAUAGGGCAUUGAAAGGAACAAUGGCCAAAAGCCCAGAUACAGUCAUGAACUUCCUACAGCUUCUGACAGACAAGCUCAAAGACAGGACUGAAAAGGACUUUGAAAUGAUGAAAGAUAUGAAGACUAAAUUUAAUCCCAGAAAUGCAGACUUAAUGCCGUGGGACCACCCAUAUCUGAGUGGUGUUAUACGUGCUGAAAGGUUUAACAUUGAGCCCAGCUUGUACAGUCCGUACUUCUCUCUAGGGGCCUGUAUGGAGGGUCUAAACAGUCUUUUUAUGCAGCUCUUUGGUGUGUCACUUCUGGCUGAACAGCUCAAUGCAGGAGAGGUGUGGAGUGAGGAUGUACGCAAACUGGCAGUGGUACAUGAAACUGAAGGAUUGCUGGGAUACAUCUACUGUGACUUCUUCUAUAGACCAGACAAACCUCAUCAGGACUGCCAUUUCACUAUCCGUGGAGGGCGUCUUCUGGACGAUGGGCAGUAUCAGCUGCCGGUGGUGGUGCUAAUGCUGAAUCUUCCUCACCCAACUCGGAGUGCCCCCACACUCCUCACACCAGCCAUGAUGGAGAACCUCUUCCAUGAGAUGGGUCAUGCCAUGCACUCCAUGCUUGGACGUACACGCUAUCAGCACGUGACAGGAACACGCUGUGUUACUGAUUUUGCAGAGGUGCCUUCUAUAUUAAUGGAGUACUUUGCCACUGAUUAUCGUGUCAUCAACCAGUUUGCUCGUCACUAUCAGACGGGACAGCCUUUGCCACAGAGCAUGGUAGCUCGACUUUGUGAGUCCAAGAAGGUGUGUGGUGCUGCUGAUACUCAACUUCAGAUUUUCUAUGCAGUCUUGGACCAGAUUUAUCAUGGCAAACCCCAAAGUCGAUCGACAACAGAUAUCUUGAUAGAUAUGCAACAGAAAUACUAUGGUCUGCCAUAUGUUCCUAACACAGCAUGGCAGCUGAGAUUCAGUCACCUUGUAGGCUAUGGAGCAAAGUACUACUCCUAUCUCAUGUCUAGAGCUGUGGCCUCCAUGGUCUGGAGACAGUGUUUCCAUAAAGACCCAUUAAGCAGAGAAACUGGAGAACGCUACCGGCGGGAGAUGCUGGCCCAUGGGGGAGGCAAGGAGCCCAUGCUGAUGGUGGAAGGCAUGUUGCAGAAAAGACCGUCCACAGAGGAUUUUGUUGAUGCCUUAGUCUCUGAUCUAGACCCAGACUUUGAGACAUUCAUCAUGGACUCGGAUGGUUAAACGAUCUUCAAAGUCCCAAAGCCUCCAUCUUCUAUAACGGAAGCCUCGGUCAGCAAUAGUGUCAACAUUGCAUAUCACCACCUGGUGUAGUAAUGAACUUUCCUCAUAAAUAACAGUCUACCAAGUGGGAUCAGGUGUUGGUCUGUGUGGCUGGAGCAGCUACAGACCUUCUGGCCUUCACUGGGCUGCUGUAUGUAUUCCUUGUGAUGCUCAUAGUUAGUAUGCACUAAUUAUACCUCAUUCUUUUACAAAUAAUGUAGGGUGCAAACUUCGCAUGAAGUCUUAUUUUUAUGUUUUGUUAAUUCAUGUACACUGAGAACAAAGACAAAAAAAGAUAAGUAACCUGGCUUAUUUAAAUGCUGACAGAAUAGAACACACCGGUUAUAAUUAUGUUUACUGAAAUUUGCCAGGGUACUUUUUAAAGUUAAAACAAUACAUUGUAUUUACAGCAUAAGAAUAAUGUGUAUGCAAAUCAGGAACUCAGAUUUCUUCACUCAGAUUUCUUCACUUCACUCAGAACUUCAUAAAUUCAUGUUGUGUCAAACCGGAGGUUUUGUACUUGUUGGACUGCUACAGUCUGUUUGUGAAAGCUCAGUGCCCCGUUGUUUCCUUGCCUGAUGUAGAUCAGUGUUUUCUUAAAGGAGCAUCCCAAAACACUCAGAUCAUUUGUCAAUUUCUUCAGUUUUAAUCCGUGAUAACUUUCAGUCCUCGAGCUGCAGGAUUCUUGCAUCUUUUUGAUAUCUGCCGCUACCUUAACCCAAAGCCGCUAAGACAUGUGACCGCAAAUUCCGUGCUAGCUUGUUUUUUCCAACUACAGAGUAGCUGUGGAAUGUUGGCUAAAUUCCUCCAAACUGCCUUGAUGGUUAGGAAGCACAUAUUAUGGAUUUCAUAUUUUUCAUGGGGAUUUCCAUCAGAAACCUUUAGAUGAAAACAGCAGACAGAGCUUCUGCAGACUGUAACAACAUGUUGUUAUAGUUCAACUGUGCAGUUCUUGGUUAUGUUUUAAUUAUUGUGCAUUGGACAAGGAGCCACUGCAAUUCAGGUUCUUGCUCCAGGAAUACUGUAGGACUCUUAUUGAGUUAAAUAACAAGUGCUAUAAUAUUGUUUAUAGUUUAUUUACAAAUGGAAAGCAAUAAAGUCUAUACACAAGAAGCAAGUGCUCAUCAACUAUAAUUAUGAAAAGUGGCCAUGUUUUAUCUACAUUAUAAAAAUAUUGUCCUUCAAUUUCCUAUAAUACAGUAUCUACAAAGCAACACAUAAGAAAUCACACAGGGAAUAAUCCCGACCAUGUGUAGAUUCAUCUAGACUCUGGAUGCCCAUUCCUGGCCCUGGAGAUCUACCACCCUGCAGAGUUCAGCUCCAGCGUUAAUCUAACACAACUGACCCAGGUAAUGAAGGACUUCAGGAGGACCUGAAUAUGAGAGCCAUGUGUGUUGGAUCUGAGCUCUCCAGCGUGGUAGAUCCUCCAAGACCAGGACAGAGGCCCGCCGUCUAGACUGGACAGUUCAGGUGUUGUUGCCAAGUACCUGUGCUCUAAUUAUAACAUUGGAAUACACAUUGGGUGCAUGUGAGCAACACAUAGCAGUUUAGAUAUCUUCAAAAGCGACUACUUUCCCACCCACAAAAAGCUCCAGUAGUGUACAUUUCUCAAUUCUUUCUCUCAGUUCUGUGCCAUGCUUGCAAACAGAAAUCCAUAAUUUCCGGUUCAGCUUCAUGACCGGAAGUAGCACUCAUCACAAGUGCCUGCCAGCUGAACACUGCAUUGCACAAGCUUCUUUCCUCCUCAGCCUGCUUUGGUUUUGUCGUCAUCUUUUCUGUACAGAUCAUGCUUAUGUUUAUUUACAAAGUCUGUUCUGAUUUGGGUAGGAUAUCUAGAGGCCACAGGCUGGCUGGAGGUAACAACAUGUCACCUGGUCUUCAGAGUGCGUGUGUGGCCUCCUGUAAUCUGAGCUGGGAUCUUCCUCAGUGCUUUUCACUUCCAGAGUCGUUCUUAAGGACAAACACGGGCUAGAUAAGGCCAGGUCAUCCUAGACAGGGAGAGAGCGGAAGCCAAUGAAGAGGAAUGAGGAUUACUUGUUAACAAAGGUAUCACUUAAGAGACAAGCAGUAGCUUUUAUUUAAUUAAUGCCUCUAUGAAUUGGCAGUACCGUUUGAUAUAAUGAUAUAUUUCUGCUGCCUUAGGAAAAUUCAGUUUAUCGAGCUAUACUCUUAGUACAGCAAGUAUUGAAGGAUCCCAAAAAAAAAAAGAAACAAAUGCUAGUUCUUUAAGUCUAAUAAGUAACCAUUUUGCUAGCAUUUUCCAGGUCACUGAAGUAAUGCAUGACAAAACAUGCAUUUGACGCCACUGAGGUAUUUAACAUGGUCGAGGUGUCCUUUUAUGUUUUGGAAGGAACUGAAUCAUUUGUUCGUUUGAUGUUCUGUUUUUUUUUUUUUUCCCCCAAAGGUGCUUUGUUGAAACUGUCUAAGCUCUGUUUGUCUACCGCUCUGCUUUGCUUUGGCUCUUGCAUUGCCAUUCUGCUCUCUUGCUUUAAAUGAGCAUUAAGGACACUUCAAACAAGCAGUGUUAAUACGGCUAACUGAAUGAAAACUAAUGUAGUCGGUUUGCAUGAGGUCAUCCAAAAUAGAUUAAAUUGAUUUGCAAAGUUGUCAAACUGCGCAAACUAAA